UGGAUAUAAUAGUUCACCUGACUAGGCUCUCACACUAGUUAACUCCCCCGAAAAUCUCCCGUUGGCACUUUUCAUGAUCCCGUAGCUUCAUCGUCGAUCUACCUGUCAAAAUGGCUGGCAAGAAUCUUGGCAAACUUGUUCUUCGGAACUCGUCGCUUUUCCUGUGUGACAUGCAGGAGAAAUUUCGACCUAUGAUCAAGUACUUUCCAGAGAUUGUGGAGGUUUCAUCGAGACUCUUUCGAGCAGCCAGAAUUCUUGAUAUUCCUGUGAUUGUGACGGAACAGUAUCCGAAAGGUCUUGGUCCGACCGUGAAGGAGCUGGGUAUCAACCGUGAUGAGGUCAAUAUCUACCCUAAAACAUGUUUCACCAUGGUUCUACCUGAAGUGGAGGAGAAACUAAAGGAAAAUGACACCAAGACUGUAGUACUGUGUGGCAUAGAGACCCAGGUCUGUGUCCAGCAAACGACCCUUGACCUCUUGGAGAAAGGUUAUGAAGUUCAUGUUGUUGCCGAUGCCUGCUCUUCGAGGACCAUGGUAGACAGGAUGUAUGCGAUUGAGAGGCUGCGGGACUGUGGAGCUUUCAUUACGACCAGCGAGGCUAUCAUCCUACAGAUGGUCAAGGAUGCUGCACAUCCGAAUUUCAAGGAGAUUCAGAAGGUCAUCGCUACAUCCGCUCCGGAUUCCGGCCUUCUCAGCUGAAUAGCUCACAAAACCAUGUGGAGGAACUUUGUGUAUUUGAGGCCGUGCUUACAUAGAAUGAACAAUUUAUAAUAUGUAGGAGAGAGAGAAAAAUGUUUGUAAUUUGCAAUAAUCGCCCAUCCCAAAUUCAAACAGAUUCAGAAAGUCAUCGCAACAUCCGCUCCAGAUUCCGGCCUUCUUAGCUAGCUGAAUAGCUCACAAAACUGUGCAGAUUAUUUUUGUAUUUGAGGCAGUGCCUGCGUAGAAUGAACAAUUUAUUAUAUGUAGGAGAGGAAAAUGUUUGUAAUUUGCAAUAAUUGAUGAUAAACUGAUGAACUUUGAUCUGUGUGCAUGCCAACUUUCCAGUGAUGGAAAUGAUGUGCAUGUCAAGUUGUGAACUUGUCGGUGAUGGUAUGGGCUACAGAGCGCCUUUCGACAGUGACAUCUUGCAAACAGGCAUUUUCAAUCUGUGCUAAGCAUACGCUUCCUCCAACAGUGACACUGAUGCUACACGGUACACGAAUGUUGAGCUUAAACGAACUCAGUUACAAAUGGCACUGCCUAGCAAGUCUGUCGAGAACAGCUAGAUCUUAACUGUGCUGUCACUUGAUCAGACAAAAUUUAAUUUGGGGUUACCAGAAAUGUGCUCCAGUUUUUAUUUUGCCAAAGAUAUGGGGAUGAUAUGAUGGAUGAUUGGUUUCUAUUAGACGCAAGUGAAAAGAAUUGCAAUCAGAUUCAUCAAAAGCAAUGCAAAUGGGACUAGAUAAUUUUAUCCAUCAUGCAUAUUAUACUCAAUUAUCCUCUCGGCAGAUAUUACAUAUUUGAUGUAUUCAUUAAUCAGUUUGAAUGUGAUUUAAUAUGAUGAGAAUGUUACUGUUUUAUCCUUUAUAUUCAGAGAAAUUACCUGUAAUUCACAGCACAUCAUGUUUAAAAUGUGAACUGCUGUGAGAAACUCAAGAUUAUAUUUUGAAACUUGUCAAUAAAAUAAAUAUAUAUAAAUUAAACUGUA